AGCCACAUUGUAGUAAGCGACCUUGGCUCAACUUGGGAAGGUUUGUAAAAGGCAACUGCCAAAAUGAGUGACAACGAAAAGGAAUUUGGCAUAAAAAGGGUUAAAGUUGGAAGAAGACAAAUGUGGAAGAAGUCAAAUAUGAAGUUUUUUUUUAUUCAGAAUAAAUUCAAGCUCGCAGUGUGUGAAGCCGAAUGUUACAGAAUGCAUGCUUUUUAUGAGGUGGAGAAGAAGCUCCGGUGUAGACUAUGGGCAGCCAGUGUGAGAAAAAUGGGGGAAGAGGAUUAUCAGAAGUCAGAAAUUUGAAGAAAGAAGAAAAGAUCUGUAUUUGAAGUAAUGAAGUUAAGCUCUGAAGUAAUCGGGGAUAAGAAACAGUGCUAAGUAAUUAUUAGUCUGUUUAUUCGAUGCUUGCAUGCCAUUCUUCUCUCUUUUCUUACACAUCAAUGCUAAGGGUAACUGCUCCAUGAUGAAUUUGAUUAAAUAAAGUUUAAAUUUCAAUAAUGCCCACAACACAUAUGUUUUUUUUUAAGUAAUUUCAGUAUGACACACUUUAAUCAUAACAAUGUUAACCAUAUUAAAUCAUAAUUUGAAAAUGGAUAUUCAAUGAGCAGCAAAGUAAAGUAUUUUCAAAAACAAAACCAUGAUCAAAAAAAAUUAAGCGCCCCCCAUGUGUGUGGGGCUUUGGCUUUUGUCUGAGUACUAAUGCGCUGUUGGUGUUGGUUGCUGCCGCAGGAGUCCCGCUCUGCGUCCCGGAGCGUGAGCCCCAGGCGCCAUGUCAAAUCCGAGAGCCGCUCCCCGGCCCAAUCCCCUGCCCGCUCCAAGGCAGACUCCAGGCACUCCCGCUCCAAGUCCCGCUCUCGCUCAAGGUCCAGGUCCAGGUCUCGGUCCCACCGGAGCUCGCGUCGCUACUACAGCAGGUCCCGCUCUGGCUCUCGCUCCCGUCGGCGUCGCUCGCGCUCCAACAGCCGCGAGUACAGCCGUCGACGCAGCCACAGCCGCUCACCCAUGUCCGACCGCCGCCGACACGCGGGGAACCGGGCUAACCCUGACCCCAGCUGCUGCCUGGGUGUGUUUGGCCUGAGCCUGUACACCACGGAGAGGGACCUGCGCGAUGUCUUCUCCAAGUACGGGCCCUUGGCCGACGUCAACAUCGUCUACGACCAGCAGUCGCGCCGCUCCAGAGGCUUCGCAUUCGUCUACUUCGAGGUCUCUGAUGACGCCAGAGAGGCAAAGGAGCGAGCAAAUGGAAUGGAGUUAGAUGGACGGCGGAUCAGAGUUGACUACUCCAUCACCAAGCGGGCCCACACCCCGACCCCUGGAAUAUAUAUGGGACGGCCCACAUAUGAGUCAAGUGGAUCCGAGAGGCAUACACGUGGUGCCCUCAGCAUGAAUCGCCGGUCAUCUCGCGACUACUAUGACGGUGGAGACCGUGGCUACGACAGAGGAGACAGGCGUGGUGACCGGGGCGACAGAGGAUACGACCGCUACGAUGACCGUGAAUAUUACAAAUCCUAUCGGCGGAGGUCUCCUUCUCCCUACUAUGGCCGAAGUGCUUACAGAUCCCGCUCCCGUUCACGCUCCUACUCUCCACGAGGUCAUCAUUACUGAAAGAGCGGCUAUGGAACAUUUGUUUUACCCAGUGAAGGAUCAGAGGUAGUCUAUGAUAUUUGCUGUCAGGAUUUGAUUCUUAAACUUCAUUCUGUUAUUUUUACGUGUCGGGAGUACUGCGCAUGUAGUUCCGGAUGUGACUUAAGAACCUAAUUGCUGAAUUUUUUUUGCACUCAUGUCUGAUGGGGCUGGUUUCCUUUUCCCUGUUUUUUGUUUUGUUUUUUGAUUUUUGUUUCUUUCUUUCUUUUGUAAUGCGAAGGCUUCUGUAAAGGUGUAGAGAUCUAUACAGCCUCCAGUUUGUAUUGUGUGUAUAUAUUUCACUUUAGCCAGUAACCACAGAAUAAAACUGUGUACACAUUUUA